AUGAUUAGCAUAAUCGAUCAACCUUCAACAAGAACCAACAUGAGCGAACCUCAGAAGGCACGGGAGCCAGUACCUAAAUCUUCGCCAGUACCAGAUGACUUCAGUGAAAGUGGUAAUGAACUCAAAGAGGGGUUGCCUUGUCAAAAUGAGGAAGAAGGAGCAAUUUACGAUUUCCAAGCGUUUGUUGCUCAACUAAGGGAUCCUAGAGCGGACCCAAUCCUAAGAUAUACAAGGUCGUUCCUGAACAACUUCGUUACCAAGCGCGAGCUUUGGACGUGUGAGGAGCAGCGCAAACUUGUAGAUGAUUUCAAAGUGUUUGUAUAUGGAAAGUUACCGCUGUAUGAACCCUUUCAAUCUUUGAACGCCGGUAAGUUCAAGAAUGCUCAAGAGGGGAUAGAGAAACUGAUCAUGGGCAAACUAUACGGCUAUUGCUUCUCGCCAAGUUUAGAAUUACGAUUUCAGGACAAGCUGGAUGCAAGCCACCAGGAAGAUUUAGAUCAAGACGAAAGAUUGAGACGGAAGAGGGCUGAAUUCUGCUUUAUAGAUCCUGGACACUUGGAAAUUCCGGAAUCGCUCUCACGGCGGCUGCUAAAGUUCACACAGCUCUCCGGCAAGGAGCUCGCGCGGAUAACUGAGUAUAAGGCGCCCAGAGAUAAGAUGGUAUGUGUUCUGAAUGCUUGUCGCGUCUUGUUUGGGUUUUUAAAACACUCGGGACUUGAAAAUGGGGGAGCUGAUGCGUUUGUGCCAGUUCUGGUGUACACGCUGCUCAAAAGUGACGUCGAAUCCUUACUGUCGAACCUCAACUACAUCGAACGCUUCAGGUAUACCGAGUUCCUUCGCGGCGAAAGCGCAUACUACUUAAGCAGUGUUCAAGGUGCUGCUAAUUUCAUUGCGCAUCUGAAGCAGGAGUCCCUUCAUAUAUCCGAUGUCUCUACUUUCGAGGAACGCUACACGGCGAAUCAAGAAAUUUUAAAACAAGAAGAGAGCCACGCUGAAAGCUCUACUUCUGUAACAGCGGUUCCUUCCGCCACACCACCCAGACCAGCGCCUUCACACUACAUCCGCCGGCCGCUAGAUGAGGCUACGUCUGCACUAUUAGUUAAGGUUUCUGAGCUUUUCUCUUCCAACCCUACGGAGCCGCGCGACAAAGAAGGUGGUCCUGAAGUCAGCGCGGAAACCGAUUUAGAUCCGGACUCAACCCGUCUGGUCCAACAACUACAGGAGCAAGAAAAUCAACGUGUCCUAGAGGAGCUUCAUGACAUGUUCCCGGAAAUGGACCAGGGCCUGAUACACGACGUAUGCGAGGCCAAAAAGUAUAGGAUAGGAAUGUGCGUAGAUGUUCUGCUGACGCUGUCAUCUUGA